AUGGCAAUUCAGAAUAUAAAUGCUAGUGAUAUACAGAGGAUUACUUCUGGCCAAGUCAUUAUUGAUUUGGUAUCGAUAGUGAAAGAAUUAGUUGAAAAUUCAAUAGACGCAAGCAGCUCCAAAAUAGAGGUAAUUUUUAAGAAUAGCGGGCAAGAUUCAAUUGAGAUAACCGAUGAUGGUAUUGGUAUAGAAGAAGAAGAUUUCAAAUCAGUUUGCUUAAAACAUUGCACAUCAAAGCUUUCUACUUUCGAAGAAUUAAGUGAAGUUAAUACUUUGGGCUUUCGAGGAGAAGCAUUGAGCUCAUUAUGCUCGGUAUCAAACUUAAAGAUUACAACAUGUACCAAGGAGAAUUACCCUAGAGCAACAGAAUUGAAGUAUAAUGCAAUGGGUAUAUUGGAAAACAAAAAAACAGUCAUCGGGGGUAUUAAGGGAACGUCAAUAAUGGUAUCUAACCUAUUUCAUAAUUUACCAGUUAGACAGAAAAAUUUACAAAAGAAUUUGAAAAAAGAAUUUAAUAAGGCAGUUGGCCUUUUGAUCAACUAUAUCAUCAUAAAUCCAUAUAUAAGGUUUACGGUCUACAACAUUAAUCCAAAGACAUCUAAGAAAAACUUGAUAAUAGGAACAAAAGGAACAGGUAGAUCUACUAUUUUAGAUAAUGUGGUUAACAUUUUUGGGAGUAAUGGUGCAUAUGGCUUGAUUCCUAUAGAUAUAUCAGUAGAUGACAUAGACGUCAAGUUCAAAUUAAACCGUGGUGAUUUUCCAACGCAGAAGAAAUUAAAUGUACAGUUUAAAGGAUAUAUUUCUAACAGUUCCUUUGGAUUGGGUCGGUCUUCUGGUGAUAGACAAUAUUUAUUCAUAAAUGGAAGACCUAUAAUACUUAAAAAGUUUUUGAAGACUAUCAAUGAAGUAUACAAAAGCUUUAAUCAUGUACAAUUUCCUGUGGUUAUAUUAAAUUUGAUUAUAGAUACUGAAUUUUUAGAUAUUAAUGUAACCCCAGAUAAGAGAGUUAUAAUGAUCCAGAACGAGGACUUGAUCAAUGAUAUAUUAAGAAAUGAGAUAACCAAAUUUUUGAACACUCAGAGUAAUGUGAUUCCUAAGAAUAAGAGUUCAGGGAUUAGUUUAAGCGAAGAAAAUAACUCAAAUACUUCGACAUAUGAAAUUAAAGUUCCAGAUAGUUCUUCUGAUUUGAAAAAAGAUGAAAUAACGAGAUAUGCCAUAGAACAAGAUAAAUUAAUAGGAACAGAUCAACUGGUGAUCCCUGAAAAUGGACUGGAGAAAGAGGAAGAGCAAGAGGAAGAGCAAGAGGAAGAGCAAGAGGAAGAGCAAGAGCAAGAGGAAGAGGAAGAGGAAGAGCAACAGGAAGAACAAGGGGAAGAACAUGAGGAAGAGGAAGAGCAAGAGGAGGGGAAAGAAGAAGAAGACGAAGAAGAAGAAAACGAAGAAGAAGAAGAAGAAGAACAGGAUGAGAAUAAGACACUGAAAGAUUUGGAUGUAAUAGAAAUCAAUGAAUUCAAGAGAGAUCGCAAGAGAUCUUGUAAUGAAAUGAGGAAUGACGAUUUAUUAGUUUCCAGACAAGGAAGAGUAAAGGAAAUAGAAAAUAUCGAUAAAACAUGUAAAUCUAAUGAAAAAGCACUUAAUAACCUUGUUGUCAAUAUAACUGGUCUGAACAAUAAAUCUAAAGGCAUGAAUAAUAGAGGAAGUGAUGAAGAAAAUUUACUUCCUGAGAAUAUGGGUAUAUCGGAAAUAUCUAAUUGCAUAGGUGUCGAAAAACAGAAUAGCAGUAUAGAGUCUAGCGACCCAAAUAUUAAUAGACCAGAGAUGCUAUCGAAGAACAAUACGGAUAAUCAACUAUUUGUUUCUGAAUCGGAAGAUGAUACAGAGAUAAAAAGAGGCAAAGUUGAUUUGGCCUCUUUCAAAAAUAAUAUUUCUGAAACAAAGAGGUUACUGCAGAAAGUAAAACCAACCGUGACGGAUAAUUUGAAAAUAUCAAUAGGUGAUAGAGAAAUAGAAGAGAGACCCAUAAAGAGAACCAAAUAUAUGGUCUCACGAGGUGACAUAUCAUUCAAUGAAGUGCCAUCUGUGAGCAUUCGACAAGCAUCUAAAUCUUACGUGCAUAAUCUCUCAACUAUGUUAGAUGUGGACUUAGAACACAUUUAUGCCGAGUUCAAAAACAAGCAACUUCUAGGAGAUACUCAGCUGGAGACCUCUAGAAAUAUUGCAAUUGAUAAUAUCGAAUCUACUAAAGAAGCCGAAGAAAAGUUAUCCUACACGAUUCUGAAAUCAGAUUUCCUCGAAAUGAAACUCAUAGGUCAAUUCAAUUUAGGAUUUAUUUUGGUAACCUUAAAUUCAUCUAAUAACCUAUUCAUUAUUGACCAACAUGCAUCUGACGAGAAGUAUAAUUUCGAAAAAUUGACAGAAAAUACAACUUUUCAGAAUCAAACUCUCGUUAUUCCAAAAAUCAUAGAACUCAAUGCCAUUGACGAGAUGCUUGUAAUGGAUAACCUCCCUGUAUUUAAACAGAAUGGUUUCAUAAUACAGGUUGAAGAGGAUAAUCAUCCAGGGAAGCGCAUCAAAUUAAUAUCGCUACCUGUUCUGAAAAAUGUUCUAUUUGAUAUUAGCGAUUUCCAUGAACUCAUACACCUCAUCAACACGAAUAAUUCCACCAGCAAUGAUGGUCUCAAAUGUUCCAAAAUCAGAUCAUUAUUGGCGAUGAGGGCAUGUAGAAGUAGUAUAAUGAUUGGACAGCAUUUAAACAGAAAGACAAUGAAAAAAAUUCUUAUGAAUUUAAGUAAGCUAGAUAAACCUUGGAAUUGUCCUCAUGGGAGACCUACAAUGAGACAUUUAAUAGAACUACAAAACUGGCCUACUUUUAAUGACGAUUACCAAUUAUAA